AUUAACUUUUUCGAUCUCUAAAUUAUGCUCAUAAUUAAAAGGGCCAAAUUAAGGAUAUUUUUAUUUUUAUUUUAUUUUUAUAUGAAGAUACAUACCACCAUUAUUGAUGUUAUUUGAAGUUGGCUUAGCUAGAAUACUGUCAAAGCACUUGCCAUCAGAAUGUACAAACACAUGGAAAUCAAGAGCAGGCUUUAACAAAACAAAAGUUAAUGGUUUUUUCUAUUAAUUUGCACAGGUCAUCUGUAGCAAUGAUCAAUCAAUCACUGCGGGUUAUUGGCUCCCAAAAAAACACACAACAAAGUGUAGUGUAGUUAAUAUAUGUGGCCUCCACUGUAUAUGAUAGUGGAGGCCACAUAUAACCUAAAAGUCCCACUACUUCUUCAGUACUACAAGGCCUCACAUUUUAAAGUUCGCCUAGGGCCUCUCAAAAUAUUUGGAAUCUCAGGGCCGGCCCUGUCCUCAACACUUCCUCUCUCCACGUUCAAUCAUGGACGCUCAACAACCCGAUAUCACAGACAUCUUCGACUCUUUACUGAAUCUAGAAGAAAUCCAUGUCAAUGAUGGCUUCGAAGAAGGCUAUAACGACGGUUUAGUCCCAGGAAAAGACGAGGGACGCCAAGUGGGUCUCAAAACGGGGUUCGAAAUCGGCGAAGAGUUAGGUUUUUACAGAGGCUGUAUCAAUGUUUGGAACUCUGCAAUUCGAGUUGAUCCGACUUGCUUUUCUCUUAGGGUCCAAAAAACCAUCAAUCAGAUGGACGAGUUGGUCCGAAAAUACCCAAUUUUGUACCCAGAAAACGAGUUCGGGACCGAUAUUCUGGACUCUUUGAGGUUGAAAUUUAGGGCUAUUUGCGCCACUUUGAAUGUGAAAUUGGAGUACAGUGGGUACCCAAAGGCUUCAGAUUCUAAGGGCAGUGAGUUUUGAGUGAGGUCUCUUCUGUUAAUAGUUCGUGUAUUCCUUAAAUUUUGCUGAUUUUAUACAAUGUUCUAUCUACUGGAAAGUUAUUCAUUCUUGCUUUUGUUAAAGUGUUAAUUUGUAUUGCUUAAUUGUUA